UACUUUUUGGCAAAGCAGAAGCUUUUCUCAAUGUUUCUUUUUCUUUCUUUAAACCCUAACGGUGGGUUUAAUUUCUGAACCAAAAACUCUCCGCCUAGUUCGCUCGCUUUACUCUUGCGUUUCGUUGCUCCACUUCUUCAAAUAUUACGCCUAUUUGGAGACUACAGCGGGAAAAGAUGCCGCCUAAGACGAAGAAGCAUUCCAAGGCACAGUCGAGGCUGUCAAAAGCUGAUGACCACUCUGCAUCUCCUUCGACACCCUCAUCGACGCCUUCUAUAGAUCUUGGAACUAGUCAGGAGGACCUUUUCUGCUCUAUUGAACAGGCUUCGGCCAACUUUCCUACUCUCAUCGGUAAAUCUGCUAUCAUUGGUAAAGUUGCCGGUGUUGUGCGUGAGCCCAAAGGCUGUAAAGUUUGGCUCUCCGAGAGUUCCAUGGUUUCUUCUUCCAUUGCCGUUGGUUCUAUCGUAUCGGUGUCACUUGCUUCUUCAAGGAUGAAAGUUUCAUCUAGCUUCCCUCUUAGCUCAUUAGCAGAUGAAUGUGCAGCAUACUUUGGGACUGAUAAUGGAGAGAAAAUGGCCAAUGAAGUUGGGAACUACUUCGCUCUCGCAACUGUUUUUCCUUCUAGUAAGAUUAUGAAGAAUGAAGUGCAACUGUCCUCCAACCUUUCCUACACCCUGGGUUGUCCUACUUCGGGCAGUGUUGUGUUUGUUUACCCCAUACAAAGUCAAUUUCCAUCUGGUCUUGUAAAUGGACGUGAAGUACCAAAUGGCACCAGAAUUAAGUGUUUUUCUGUAUACAACUGCAAGGAAUUGUAUCUCGAGCUGGCUCUUUCAGAGAAUAGGCCAAUUGUGAGAAGUAAUUUGUUGCCUUCCAUGAACUUCUCUGAAGAAAAGCCUCAAAAUCCAUUCGAAAGUGGAAUUCUUUCAUCCCCUAAAACUCCAUUGUAUCAGUCGAAACUUAGCUCUUCUAAUAGUUUUCACACAAUUUCGCCAAUAUGUGAUGAUUCAGUAUCCUGUUUGACAAAUCAAAACAGUUCAUCUGUUGAUUCAUUUGACAUUAGAGAGGUAUUAGCGGAUAAAAGUUCAAAGAAACUUCUGCAAACAUGUGCCAGUACUUGGCUGUUUUCUCGUUAUCUGCUCUAUGGAAAUUUUGUUUCCAUCCCGAUACUUUCGGAGCUUUUCAUUUUUCGCGUGGUAGGUGCUAAGGAAUUGUCAGCAAAGAGUAGCAGUCAUGAUUUGACAAAUGAGAAAGGUGAUAAAUUGCUUCCUGAAGCUCCUGAACUGGUGGACCAUGUCAUCCGUGCUUUUUUGAUAAACCAUGAUACGGAAAUCCAUCUGCGUGCCUCUUCAAAUGUGACAUCUGAAACUUCUCAAAAAGGGGGUUUUCCAGGUGUUGAACUUGAAUAUCAGGAUGUUAAAGCUACCGUGGUAGAAAAUACUUUGAAAUUGGGUGGUCUUUCAAAAGAAUAUGCAAUUUUGAAAGAUAUAAUAAUCUCCUCCUCAGUGGACACAUUGUUGAGUUUCGGUUUACGAACUACGAAGGGUGUGCUUCUUCAUGGCCCUCCUGGCACGGGAAAGACUUCUUUGGCACGACUGUGUGCCCAUGAUGCUGGUGUCAAGCUUUUCUCUGUGAAUGGACCUGAAGUUUUCAGUAACUUUUAUGGGGAAAGUGAGAAAGCUUUGCAAGCAGUCUUUGAGUCAGCAAGCCAAGCAGCACCAGCCGUGAUAUUCAUUGAUGAACUUGAUGCCAUUGCCCCUGCUCGGAAAGAUGGAGGUGAAGAGCUUUCUCAAAGAAUGGUUGCUACGCUGUUAAAUUUGAUGGAUGGUAUUAACAGAGCUGAUGCAACGAUUGUAAUUGCUGCGACAAAUAGGCCUGAUAGUAUUGAGCCUGCACUGAGACGACCUGGAAGACUUGACAGGGAAAUUGAAAUAGGUGUUCCAUCUCCCAAGCAGCGGCUGGAUAUAUUACAUACCCUUCUCAGUGAAAUGGAGCACUCGCUUUCUGAUAUGCAAGUUCAACACCUUGCCACGGUCACACAUGGAUUUGUGGGUGCUGAUCUAGCUGCCCUUUGCAACGAGGCAGCUUUGGUUUGUCUUAGACAUUAUGUUAAGUUUAGAAAUUCUUAUCAUGAUUUGGACAUCAGUUCAACACCUAUUGCAUGUGAAGGCUGCUCUGAUGUUAUAAUCGACGGAUCUGAUUGCUUAGAAGUGAAAAGAGAUAUUUCAAGGGAUUAUGCAAAUUCAGCAACUUCCUCUGCUCCAAAUUUUUCCGUUUCCUCAGAGAUUCGACCAUCUUUACACUUGACGGCUACUGUUCUGGAACAUGCAGAAAAUAUCUUGGAUGGCAUUGAAGAUGAGAGUAGGUUAAGAGUAGCUUUUGAAGAUUUUGAAAAGGCCAGGAUGAAAGUGAGGCCCAGUGCCAUGCGGGAGGUAAUACUUGAGGUUCCAAAGGUCAAUUGGGAAGAUGUUGGCGGCCAAAGUGAGGUUAAAACUCAGUUAAUGGAAGCCAUAGAGUGGCCUCAAAAACACCAGGAUGCUUUCAAGCGCAUUGGGACUCGUCCCCCAACAGGGAUAUUGAUGUUUGGUCCUCCUGGUUGCAGCAAAACCCUCAUGGCACGUGCGGUAGCUUCAGAAGCGGGACUGAAUUUCCUUUCCGUGAAGGGUCCAGAACUUUUCAGCAAAUGGGUUGGCGAAUCCGAGAAGGCUGUAAGAUCACUAUUUGCGAAGGCAAGGGCCAAUGCCCCAUCAAUUAUAUUUUUUGAUGAAAUUGAUAGUCUUGCCGUCAUCCGUGGGAAGGAAAGUGAUGGAGUUUCAGUUUCUGAUAGGGUUAUGAGUCAACUUCUUGUUGAAAUGGAUGGUUUGCAUCAAAGAGUUGAUGUUACUGUAAUUGCUGCUACAAAUCGACCAGACAAGAUUGAUCCUGCCCUUUUAAGACCAGGACGCUUUGACCGGCUGCUAUAUGUGGGGCCCCCUAAUCACACUGACCGAGAAGAGAUAUUCCGCAUCCACUUGCGCAAAAUUUCAUGCAGUUCUGACAUCAGCAUAAAGGUGCUGGCUAGUCUCACAGAAGGAUUUACUGGGGCUGAUAUAUCAUUGACCUGCCGGGAGGCAGCUGUUGUUGCUAUUGAGGAGUGCCAUGAUGCUUCAGAAAUAUCAAUGCAACAUUUAAGGACUGCAAUCAGACAAGUGCAGCCAUCAGAAAUUCACUCUUAUGAAGAGCUGUCUGCAAAAUUUCAAAGGCUUGUUCAUUCUGCUGCAACAGAAAAAGAACUAUUAAUUCAGCAGUAUUCUAGUAAAUCAAACCGGUUUCCUAUCUGGAACCUUGUAAAAUCUGUUGCAUUCUUCCUUUAUCAAUUCCCAGUAGCCCUUUUUCACCCAAAGUCCGAUUCAAGUGUGUAGCCCAACUUUUCUGCAGCUUACCAUAUAUGAUCUUCGUGGCCUUUCUAUAACGGGAUUUCAUUUACAUAAGCUCACACAGAAAAAAAGUAUAGAAGAUGUCACCUGCUGAUUUCGAUAUGAGGCGUAUAUACUUGAGGAGUGCUUGGGGCUUCAAAAAGAAGAAAUGUUGAAGAACUCAAGUACAACCACAGUAUUAUUUUGAUGAGGAUGGGAUCUUGUAAAGGGUUGGCAUUGCAACUUGAGGAGAGAGUUUUUUGUUCUGACAUUUCCAUCAUAGGUUCGUACUCUAAGCUCCGAUUGCAGCUAAGCCAAGUAACCCGUUUUGGUGGGACCCAGAGAUUGCGUGAUGAUUUUGCAAUGGAGAGUUCUUGGUUACACACUUGAGCAUGCAAAUAUCCUUGCUAUUAGACAAGAGGGGGCAGCCCGUGAGAUGUAGGGACUACCAUUUUUUGUCCUCGUCUUUAGUCCUUUGUACAAGCAGUUUUUAUCUUUUUUUAUUUAUAUAUAUGUGUAUAUUUUUUUGGUUGGGGGGGGGGGGGGGGGGGGGGUGUUUGUGUUAAGCUCUUGAGAUUUUCACCAUGGAUUUGAGCUACUGUGGAAGCCGUGAUGGCAGAAAAUGAAGGUUCGAUAGCUUUGACGCCUUUCAGCAAGUUCGGCCGGAAAGCACUCGGCAUCCUCAGUCUAGGACUUUCAUUUUCAACGGGAUGAUUAACUUAGUUGGAUGAAUAAAAUCUCUCCCCAAUUUUUUAUU